AGCAAGAAAGUUCAUGUCUUCGUUUGGAUUUUUACAUGUUGAUAUAUGUACAGGAUAAAGUUCAAACCGUCACCUACAAGUACAACAAGAUGGCAACAUAAGCAGGAUGUGCUAAAUCCUGCAACAACAUUUCGAAUUCUUGCUGGGAAGUCCAUGAGUACUGCGAAGGGCAACUUAGUCUUCAGAAGAAACAUUAAAUGCGGAAAUUUGAUCCAGGAUAAAGAUUCGCUGCUCCCUCCUCUGAAGUUUGAUGGUCCUUUUGCCCUUGUGGGAAUCUCCAAUUUCUUUGGAUCUUGUAUCAAACCCAAAGGCUUUCAUUUGUCCACCACCUCUUCCAAGACAGCAAUGAACUGAAAUAUUUUCAAUGUGAUGGAAACUGACACCUUUUAAGGAGAAAGACCUUUCUUGCACUUAGUCCAGUAUCAAGUGGACCACCUCACCUUCUAAAGCACAAGGAAUGCACUAUCAUGGCGACUGCAGUUGGGCAAAAUGAAGUUGUAUUUGAAUUUACAAAUAAUGGCGUGGAAGACACACAAGAGCUUGGUGGCUCUUGUAUUUUCCCUGCUGUCAUUGUGGAGCAAGUGCCCAAUGCAAACCUGCUGCAAGACUAUUCUGGUCUUGCUUGUGAUGAGGAAACUAAUGAGAUGAUUAAUGACAACUCACUGGAUGUCGUUGAAGAGCAGGUUAUUGGAACAGACAUCACACUUUCAGUGGAGGCUUCCUGUCAAAAUGGCGAUGAAACAAUGGAAACAAUUGAGGCUGCUGAGGCACUGCUUAAUAUGGACUCACCUGGCCCUGCCUUUGAAGAGAAAAGGAUAACUCAUGUGUUCAUGCCUUCAACAAGUGGAGUGGACACAGCUCCCAUCACGCACAUCUCCGUACGGGCUGAUGGAGUUCCUGAAGUGGUGGAGAAUGCACAAGAGAUUAUCCUGAUGCAGGAAGCUGCCCAUCAGGAAGUGGUCAGUGAAUCAUUGGAGCAAACCAAAAAAAGGAAAGGACGAAAACCCAAAGCUUUACGUCCAGUCUCACCGGUUACAAAUCCAGACUUCCCUGCAAAACGAAAGAACAAAGAUGGCAAAGGAAACACAAUCUACCUCUGGGAAUUCUUGCUGGCUUUGCUUCAGGACAAGAGUACAUGUCCUCGCUACAUCAAAUGGACUCAGAGAGAAAAGGGCAUCUUCAAGCUGGUUGACUCAAAAGCUGUGUCCAGACUUUGGGGAAAACACAAAAAUAAGCCAGACAUGAACUACGAGACUAUGGGUAGAGCUCUCAGGUAUUAUUACCAAAGGGGAAUCCUUGCCAAGGUGGAGGGACAACGGUUAGUCUACCAGUUCAAAGAGAUGCCCAAGAACCUAGUGAACAUUGAUGAUGACGAUCCCAGCUUCACUCCCAACAGCCAGGAGAACCCCCCUAAUCUUGCAGCCUGUAUGGUUCCGUCAGCUUCGGCAGCCUGUUCAUCUCCAACGGUCUUGUCCUCGGUCGUCAUGAGUAGUGUCCAAACCCAGCAACCCAGGGUUACUUCGUGUGUGACGUCAGGCAUCCAGAAAGCUUUACUGCAGCCCACUCCUGUGGUCACGCCUGUGAAGGCAACAGUAGAGGAGACUGUGCAGCGGUCAGCGCACCUACUGCCAACGGAAAUGGUGAAGGGUGCUCCCCCCACUCAAAAGGUGCAGCCAACCAGCAUCCUAAAGACCGUACAGGUUGUACAGUCAGCAUCACCUCGGCAUGAAGGCCAAAAGGUCAUCACCAGAAACGUACCUGUCUCCGCGCCGAUGAAUGCAUCAGCUGCUCCAUCAGUGAGAACAAUAAAGCUGUCAUCACAGGUUCCAGUGGUUGUGUCGCCAGGAACUCAGCGAGUUGGUACAGUCACGUUACAAACUGUCCCCCUAACAACUGUGAUCACAAGCACUGAUUUAGCAAUGUCCUCGCCCAAGUUUGUUUUCCAAACAGUUCCAUCUUCUCACCCGGUCACUGUGCUGAAAGAAAACGUUGCUUUGCAAGGCAGUUCAGUCUCUGCGAAGAUAGUUACGCCGACAUCUCUAGCUCUGUGUGGUACCAGUGAUCAGCAAGUUCUUCCAACCAGUCCACAAGUACCAAAUAAUGGAACACCAGCUAUAUCGUCAUCUGGCACACUAAGCGCUGCCACUCCAGUCGUGACCUUUGCUGCCAGUCAGCAGGUUGUGAGCCAGCCACAAGGCACAGUCAUUGCAUCUGUCAUCAAAGCACCAGAGGCGAAACCAGCUUCAACCAGGCAGGAGAGCCAGGAAGGAACCACCCAGCAAGGCGAGCAUGAGACCCAGCAGUCCCAUGUAAUAGUGCUCACAAAUGCAGGUGUGCUUCCUAGCCACAUGGUAUUUAGAGCAGGCGAGAACAGAGUGGUGGACACACAGUGACUUUGUUGGGCUUCCCUUCCUCAUCCUCCUUUCCACCUUUUGUUUUUCUUUUAGAAACUAGAUCUAGAGAAAUGUAAUUUCAGAUUGGUGGACUUGAUUCAACUCAAAACAUGUUUAGUUUAAUGUUGUAAAUAAAGGGUUUGCAGGUAAAAGGUGCUACUAAACUGGAGGAGGUGACAGUGGAUGAAACAUUACCUUGGGACAACCAUUCACUCUUUUGGUUGUUUGUUUGUAUGAAUUUGUUAUUUGAGAAGUUUGGAGUGGUAAAAACUGAAUUUCUUACACUUAUCAAGCACACUACCCUGCAUCUAGACUAUAAUUUGAUCCUGCCAAACUUUAACUGUAUGUCUGUAGCCAUUCUGCAUUGCCACAGCAUGGCCUUUGUAUGGGAAGUUCCAUCUUGUUCGCACUGGAAAUAUUUGUGUUGAAUUUUAUUGCAUUGUAAAUAUGGGGUCUAUUGAUAAGGCUCAAAAGAGCUUCAAUUAAACUUAAAAGCUAGCGCUGUUACAUACCUUGAUACUGAUGAGUAAGCUUCAUUUUUGCUUAAUUUUAAAAGAAAUCAAAAUCAUUUUUUGUUAACCUGAUGAAUUUAAAAUGAAAACUGAAGUACCAGAA